AAAGUCAAAGAUAUUGUGGUCCAAUUUAUUUGGGUAUACCCCAUUAUAUUGAAGAAGAUGAUGAAUAUAAUGGAUAUCAUAUUCCAGCAAAUUCUGUUGUUGUUUUAAAUCAAUAUGGAAUUCAUAUGGAUGAAAGAAGAUAUGAAAAUCCUAAAGAAUUUAAACCUGAAAGAUUUUUUGAAAUUAUGGAAAGUAGUGCAGUCUUAGCAAAUGGAAAUUAUCAAAAUAGAGACCAUUUCGGAUUUGGAGCUGGCAGAAGACUUUGCACCGCAAUUCAUAUGGCUGAACUUGAGCUUUUUUUGGGAGUUUCACGCCUUCUUUGGUGCUUCAAAAUUGAAAAUGCAUCACCACUAGGUAAAGAUGGUAAACCAACGCCGAUUGACCUCGAAAAGGCAUGUAUAGGUGCUACUAUAUGGCCUGAAAAUCAGUAUUCAAUCUCUUCUUUAGUUUAUUCUACUUGGGAAAAUCAAGUUGAUUUGAAUUAG